UAAAUGGGGGGCGGACCUCAUCUACACACACACACACACACACACACGCGCGCGCGCAUGCAUUGACAGAGUCCAGGCGGCGCGCACUUUACUGGAGCGCACGGAGCGCAGUGCCAAAUUGCGCGCGCGCGCGGAGAGAGAAAAGCCGCUUUUUCCACAUCCAGCAGGGACACUUGUGUGUUUCCCGGAGUAGAAACCUGUCCGCGUUUAGUCCUGAACAUGUUUUAAACUUCACACAUCACGGACGAUGUGGACGUUACCGAAGCCCGGGUACCGCGACGGCGCGGAGCAGCAGAUCGCCGUGAACGUGGGCGGCGUGAGGCUCGCGCUGCGCGGCGACAUGCUGGACCGCUACCCGGAGAGUCGCCUCGCGGAGCUCGCGCGCUGCACCACGCGCAGUUUCGACGCCAUCUCCUCGCUGUGCGACGACUACGAGCCGGCGAAGGGGGAGUUUUACUUCGACCGGGACCCGGACUCGUUCAAGUGCAUCGUGGAGGUGUAUUAUUUCGGCGAGAUCCACAUGAAGAAGGGGAUCUGCCCCAUGUGCUUCAUGAAGGAAAUGGAGUUCUGGAGGAUCGACGCGAGCUGCUUGGAUGAAUGCUGCAAGAGCAACGUGCGUGAGAAAGAGGAAGAGCUGGCCGAAAUUGCUGACAAGGUCAAGGCCAUUCUGGACGACCUGGACAUAGACGGAGGGCCUUUGGCGACCAGAUCCGAACGCAUACGGAGGUUUCUCUGGAGACUGAUGGAGAAGCCGGAAUCGUCCUGGGUGGCACGUGCCAUUGCUGUGGCAUCGUUCCUGUUCGUGCUCGCGUCUUCACUGGUGAUGUGCCUUGCGACGCUUCCAGAGCUACAAGUGCAAGAAGCAGAGGGUCAUGUAGCUGAACAUCCUACUCUGGACGCCAUUGAGACGACCUGCGUCUGCUGGUUCACGUUGGAAUACGGGCUACGUUUUGCCUCAGCUCCUGAGAAAACCCGUUUUGUCCUGUCUUUUCUCAACAUGGUGGACUUGGCCGCGAUUGCACCUUUUUACUUUGUACUGGCUCUGACCCAUCUGGGUGCCACUGCUGCGAUGGACCUCACGGAUGUCCAACGGGCCGUGCAGGCGUUACGCGUGAUGCGUGUAGCACGCAUACUAAAGCUCGCACGUCACUCAUCUGGACUUCAGACUCUGACUUACGCGCUAAGACGCAGCUUUGCCGAGCUUGGGCUCCUGCUUACCUACAUGGGUGUUGGAAUUUUUGUCUUCUCAGCACUUGGAUACACGAUGGAGCACAGUCACCCGGAGACAUUGUUCCGCAGCAUCCCACACUCCUUCUGGUGGGCCAUCAUCACCAUGACGACAGUGGGUUAUGGAGACGUGUACCCGAAGACAGCGUUGGGGAGGUGCAAUGCAGCACUCAGCUUCCUGUGUGGGGUCGUGGCUAUUGCACUGCCUGUCCACCCCAUUAUUAACAACUUUGUUGUCUAUUAUAACAAGCAGAAAGUGCUCGAGACUGCAGCCAGACAUGAGCUCGAGCUCAUGGAGCUACAUGGAACCAUCGGCCAUGGAACGGACGCCAAACGGCAAACGCUUAGGGUUUCAAGGAGUGACUCACACAUCGCGGUGCUAACAGGAGAACGCAGGAUGGUCAAGAAGAGGAGCGUGUCUUAAAAAACUGUAGAGAAAAAUAGCAAGUAUCAGUUCUUUAAAGUGACUGAAGUUGAUAAAAAACUCUUUAACAUUCUGCAGAUUGUAUGAAACAAGAACCUCUGUCUCCAAGAUGUUUGUUGUAAAAGUGCAAAUAAUUUUAUAUAUAUUGCCCCAAAAACAACAACAAAAAAAAACACAAAAUGGAUUUGAAUGCAUUUUAAUGAAAAAAGAACCAUAGAAAGCAAAGUCACCAUCCAAGUCUGAAAUGUGCAUGAGUUUUACAUGAUGUCAAAAAAAUGUAAGAUUUCAAUGAUCCUGUGCAUGUUGUAACAAGAAGCCAUUUCAUAUUUUACAAAAAUAAAAGUGUCCAAAAUAGUC